UGCAGAAGAAGCAAUUGCUGUAGAGCUUUGCCGUUCAGUUUGCGGAACCAAAUAAAAAUGGCUAGAGUUGAGAAGUUUGCUCUGCACAUACCAAGCCUAGAAGAAAUUGUUGGGGUUUUGCAGAGUGGACUGAAGGAAAACUAUGCAGAUGUUCAGGUGUCUGUGGUAGACUGUCCUGAUCUGACUCAAAAACCCUUCGGCUUUCCUGUGAAAGGCAUUUGUGGCCAGUCAAGAAUUGCUGAUGUUGGAGGCGUUCCGUACCUUCUGCCUCUUGUACAAAAAGAUAAGGUUUAUGACCUGAAUGAUAUAGCAAAAGAAAUUCAGCUCCCUGGAGCUUUUUUUCUGGGAGCUGGAGCUGCUUCAUCUAGGAUCGUCGGAGGCAAUGCUGAGCUUAUGCCCGUCGUUCAAGCCCAGAAGGAGAACAAACCAGCUACAAACGGAAGUUACAUAGCCCGGUUUAAGCCCAAGGAUGGUGGGUACCUGCUGGAGAAGUACAAUACCAAAUAUCACGACUGUGAAUUUGGCCUGUUGGCCAACCUGUAUGCCAGUGAAGGCCUUCCGGGCAAGGUCAUUGAAGUAAAAGCAAACAGAAGAACCGGGGAGCAGAACUUCAUAUCCUGCAUCAGGAAAGCCUUAGAAAAACACUACGGAGACAAGCCCGUGGGGAUGGGAGGCACUUUCGUGAUGCAGAAGGGGAAAGCAAAAAUUCACGUUAUGCCGGAAUUUUCCACCUGUCCUUUAAACACUGAUGAGGAGGUGAACAACUGGCUGAAGUUUUUUGAAAUGACGGCUCCGCUUAUCUGUCAACCAGUGUUGGUUUCCAGAGAUCCAGGCUUCGACCUACGUUUGGAGCACACCCACUGCUUCAGCCACCACGGCGACGGGGGACACUACCAUACAGACACCACGCCAGAGACCGUCGAGUAUCUGGGCUAUUUCGCGCCCGCUGAGUAUCUCUUUCGAAUUGACAGACCCAAGGAAACGCACAUGGUGGGGCGAGAUUGAAUCGGCACCGGCUUCGCUUGGAGCAGGAAGGCGUCUUAAACGGGAAGCAAGAAACCAAGCGUGUUGCUGCCUAUUCGCUUUUAAGUGAAACCGCAGUCACAGAACUCUAAUCCAAGCACCACGGCAACAGAGCACUUAUUUUUAUUCGCUUUUAAAAGGCAUUCAAAAUGGAUUGUUUGAUUGGAAGCACAGCUGAAAUGAAUCUGACCAGAAAAAUCAGAAGCCAUAUCAAUAAAUGAGCCAUACGUUAAGCUUCCAUCCCUCUCCUUUGCAUUCUAGCAACUCCUUGAGCAGCAGGCCACUCUGAGCAGCAGGCAGGGAGUCCUGCCCCAGGGUUGCCAACCUCCAGGAGGUACCUGGAAAUAUCCUGCUAUUACAGUCGAUCUCCAGAUGACCAAGAUCAGUUCCCAGGAGAAAAUGGCUUCUUUG